AUGACUUCAAAUUCAAUAGACCAGCGUCGUAUUGUUAGGUUGGAUAAAGAGAGAACUCAUAAUAUCCACUCAACUGACUUCCCUGGCAAUUAUCCAGGCGAGAACUUGGAAUGGAAUUUGGAUUCCUUUAAACAGGCUUGUUCUAUUGAUAUCAACUCUGUCACAAACGAAGACUGCGAAUUCGAUCUCAUCGGCGUCGAUCCUUCCAUCGCGAAUGCCCUACGAAGAGUCAUGAUAGCAGAGGUUCCUGCCAUAGCCGUUGAGAAUGUAUUCGUAUUCAACAACACUUCUGUUAUGCACGACGAGGUUAUGGCUCACAGACUAGGUCUCGUCCCCAUCCUCUUCGACGCCAACAGACUCGAGCAUUUCGAGAAGGGCGACAACCCCAAUGACCAGAAUACGAUUGUGUUUACGCUGCAGGUGGAGUGCAAGCGCAAGUCCAACGUUGCUCCCGGUGAGACGAACCCCGACAAGCUCUACGAGAAUCACAAGGUGUACGCGCGACACUUCAGUUGGGUGCCCCAGGGUGCGCAGGAGUCUGAUCCUAUCUUCACCCAGAACCCACCACGCGUUGCUUAUCCGGAUAUUCUCAUCACAAAGUUGAGACCGGGGCAGGCAUUGGAUCUGGAGUUGCAUUGCGUUAAGGGCGUAGGACAGGAUCAUGCGAAAUUCUCGCCAGCUGCUACGGCUACAUAUAGAUUGCUGCCGACAGUGAAAUUGCACAAGCCAAUCAAGUCAGAACACGCUGAGCUGUUCAGAAGCUGUUUCGCAGAUGGCGUGGUGGAUGUAAGAGAGGAUGAGAACGGUAACAAACAGCCUUACUACGUCAAUCCUCGUAAGGAUACGGUGUCGAGGGAGGUACUCCGUCACGCAGAAUUUGAUGGUAUUGUCGAGCUGGGCAGAAUUAGAGAUCACUUUAUCUUCAACGUCGAAACUACUGGAUCAGUGCAGCCCGUUGAUAUGCUCCCGAGAUCGUGUGCAGUGAUGAAAAACAAGAUAGCGGCUAUUAGAGACGGCUUGAAUGUCAUUGUCCAUGGCAAGCAGGAUGAGGAGGAGGAGGGGCAGGAAGGGCAGGAUGAAGACAUGCAGGAAUAG